AUAAGAAGACUGACCCUGAAGCUGUUAAAAGGUCCAUCACAACUCUUGCUGCUAUAGUAAGAAAAGAUGGUGCUAUAAGUCUAGAACAAAUGGCUACAAAAAUAGAUGGGUGUUCCAAUCCUGAAGAGUUCAGGUGCAUUACUUCUGAUGUAUCUCAAGGUAUACAAACAGCACUGGAUAGUAUUGCGACGGAAGCAUUUUCAAAGGAUAUCAUUACUUCUUCUGAAUAUCAGGCCUGCAUUGAUGGAAGUGCCACUGCAGAAAAUAGGCGCAUAAAAUUCCUAUUCACUGCAAUUUAUGAAGCAAUAAAUUUAGACCCAAAGAACUUGGGUCGUUUUUUAGAUGUACUGAAGGAUAUGAGAGAACCUAUCAUUACUCAGAAUUGCCAUGACCCAAUAAAAAAAAUGCUGGAAAAAGAUGAGGGGAUAGAUGACUGUUAAAAUACUCUACCUAUCAUAAACUUUUUGCUAAACUAUUAUAACUUACGCUACUUUAUUGUAUUUUUUGUAUUUUUGA